AUGGCCCCCGCCCGCUGCCCCGCGCGGGCCUUGCUGCUCGCCUACGCCAGCCUGCUGGCCGCCGCCGUGGGCCUGGGCUCCCCGGAGCCCGGUGCGCCCUCGGGGAGCCGCGCCCGCGAGGAGCCGCCGCCCGGGAACGAACUGCCUGCGGGACCGGCCGCCCGCCCGCCGGAGUCCCCCGUGGAGCGGACGCACGGCCUCAGCGACCCUAGGGACGCCUGGAUGCUCUUCGUCAGGCAGAGUGACAAGGGUGUCAACAGCAAGAGGGGCAGCAGGAGCAAGGCCAAGAAGCUGAAGCUUGGUCUGCCAGGACCCCCAGGGCCUCCCGGCCCCCAGGGUCCCCCAGGCCCCAUCACCCCACCUGAAGUCCUACUGAAGGAGUUCCAGCUGCUGCUGAAAGGCGCGGUGCGCACGCGCGAGUGCGCGGAGCCCGAGCCCGGCCCGCGCGUUCCCGCUGCGGCGCCGGCCGCGCGCCCAGAGGACGACGAGGAGGCGGCGGCGGGGCGCGCGCGCGUGCUGGCGCUGCCGGCUGCGCCCCUCGACCCCGGCCCGCGGGCGCCGCGCGUCGAGGCCGCCUUCCACUGCCGCCUGCGCCGGGACGCGUCGGUGGAGCGGCGCGCGCUGCACGAGCUCGGCCUCUACUACGUGCCCGACGCCGAGGGCGCCUUUCGCCGCGGCCCGGGCCUGAACCUGACCAGCGGCCAGUACACGGCGCCCGUCGCCGGCUUCUACGCGCUCGCCGCCACGCUGCACGUGGCGCUGGCCGAGCCGCCGAGGCGGGGGCCGCCGCGCCCCCGGGACCGCCUGCGUCUGCUCAUCUGCCUGGAGUCCCGGUGCCAGCACCAUGCCUCCCUGGAGGCCGUCACAGGGCUGGAGGGCAGCAGCGAGCUCUUUACCAUCUCGGUCAACGGCGUUCUCUAUCUGCAGGCCGGGCAGUACACCUCCGUCUUCCUGGACAAUGCCAGCGGCUCUGCCCUCACGGUGCGCAGCGGCUCCCACUUCAGCGCUGUCCUCCUCGGUGUGUGAGCGCCACGCCCGAGUGUGAGCAACCCCAGGGGCACUGUCGGAGUGGCAGAGGCCGCGGGCAGGAGGGAGCCCGCUGGACUGCCCACCCUGGCCACCGCAGCUGAAGCCAGAGACACCACUACGGCAGCCCGCGGAGGCGACACGCACACUGGCGGUCCGGGAACUCCGGGUGAUGUCGGGACGCCGUCCUUUCCAGGGAGGGGUUUCAGCAUGCCCAGGUGUGCCCGUGUUUUGUCUGCCCGCCCCUGCCCCCCGCC